AAUUAAACUGAACAGUUAACGGGCAUCAAAUACGUAUUACGGAUUUUUUUUUUGUUAAAACAGUUUUAUUAAUUUUUUUUAUAAUUAAUUAAAAGAAAAUAAUUAUUGAAUAAAACAUAACAAAACAAAUAUUUCGAUUAUUCAAAAUGGAUUCAUUUCAAGAAGUCUAUACUUCCGAUUCCGACGAAGAAAUCAAUUCUUCUAAAUUAUCAGGAGAUCUGACUAUUGAAGAUUCUUCUGCAUCUGGAAGUGAUGAGGAAAUUGUUCGCAAGCCUAAAAAACUAACUCAAAAACGUGCUGUAAUCAUUUCCGACAGCGAAGAUGAAGAAGAAGAACAAUUUGAGCGUCGAGUUCUAUCACCAAGAACUCGAAUGAGCAUAACUGGGGUGAGACCUGCUGAUCUUUCAGGCGAUUCCAGUGAAUUUGAUGAUUCCUCAGAAGAUGAGGACACCGAUAAAAGUCACAUUGAUGAUGUCGAUGAUGGAUCUUUUAAAGAAAAUCCUUUUUUGCGAGAUGUUGAAGAAAAAAAUUCAUUCCAUGAUGGAAGCCAUUCUCACAGUGAAAAAGAUUUAACAAGCGACGACUCGGAGACCGAGACCGAUACACCUACCAAAGCGAUCAAUCAAUCUUUGGUUCCGAAUCCAAUGUCUCGUCCUUCUAUCGUUCAAUAUAGUACAAUAUUUGGAAAUUCGCUUGAAGAUAAAUUCUCUUCAACAAUGAUGAUUCAAGAAAAGUCAAAUGAACCUCAGGCAAUAGCAAAUGACAAUGUUCCUUCAACAUCUCGCUCGGAACAGGUUGAAAAUCAUGAUUCAGAUGGCUCUGAUACUGAAUCGGAGUUAACAAAAGAAACAAUAUCUCCAACACUCAAUCCAGACAACAAGUCGAGUGUUGAUAAUUCGAGAGAAUCACAAAAUGGGUCGAAUGAUAGCGAUAUAGUUGAGCUAAAAAAGAGCAUUGAUAUAGUAGAUAUAAGUUCGGACGAUUCCGAAGAACCUACUUUUAUUGAUUCGAAACCUUUGAAACACGAAACUACAAAAUCGAUUACCAACACGGUACAACCAAAGAUAUCUGCGGUUCUUCCUCGAGUUACUUUAUCAAAUAAAGGAUCAAAUAAUAUUAAACGAGUAUCAAAGGAAUUCUACGACAAAGAAGUUAAGAAACUCGAUGAAUUGCGAUUUGAUCUUGCCAAUGCUGAGAGUUUAUUGGAAAAACUAGGACCAAGUUUAUUCGAUGGCGGUAAGCAACUCUCAAUGCGUGUGGCUAGUCUACAAAAUAAUGUCAAAAAGAAGGCAGAGGAAGUUGUAAAUCUUCAAGUUGAAGAUGAUGAUGCGGUUGUUGUCGUCGAAGCCAAAAAGAAACCAUUCUUCAAUCAAGAUUUGCCCGACUGGGAUGAAUUAUCAGCACAAGUAAAUUCAAUCAAACCAGUACAUACUGGAACAGUUGGAUUAAACACAUUCAAUAAACAAAAAGUCCUUACAAUGGAACGUUUGAAGGACAUACAUGGUUCUUUGGAGACUCGUCCUGGUGAUGAUGUGCUAGCUGAUGAUCCCAAAGGAUUAAAAAUCUCUCUAAUGGACCAUCAAAAGCACGCAUUAGCAUGGAUGAAUUGGAGGGAACAACAGAGACCUCGAGGAGGAAUACUUGCCGAUGAUAUGGGUCUAGGGAAAACUCUAUCAAUGAUAUCUCUUGUCCUAGAUGUGAAAAAUCGAGAAGAGGAUAAUGAAGAAAGUGAUGAUGAUUCAGAAGAAGAACACAAUGGUUGGUCAACAAAGAAUCGAAAAGAUUACCACAACGGAGGUACACUUAUUGUUUGUCCAGCUAGUUUAUUGCGACAGUGGGAAUCUGAAGUCAACAAUAGGGUUCAUCGGCAUAAACUAAGUGUAAGUGUUCAUCACGGACAAAGUAGAGACACGAAACCUCGACAUUUAGCUACUUAUGACAUUGUUGUCACAACAUACCAAAUUGUUACUCGCGAAUCCAAAAACAAAGGGGCUUUGUUCUCUAUAGCUUGGAAGAGAGUUAUAUUGGAUGAAGCACAUGUGAUACGUAAUCACAAAAGCCAAUCGUCUAUAGCAGUAUGUGAAUUGAGAUCAAAAUGUCGAUGGGCACUUACGGGAACGCCUAUUCAAAAUAAAGAAUUAGAUGUGUAUGCACUGCUUAAGUUUAUCAAGUGUAGUCCUUUUGAUGAUCUUGGCCAUUGGAAGAAGUGGAUUGACAACAAAAGUGCUGGAGGUCAGCAGCGCUUAAAUACCUUGAUGAAAUCUCUAAUGCUUCGUAGAACAAAGGCUCAGUUACAACAACUGGGAAGUCUUGCAUGUCUUCCAGAGCGAGAACCAUGUAAAAAUAUUGAAGUAAUCCUCGAAAAAGAUGAAAUGAAUGUGUAUCAAAAGAUUAUGACCUACUCGAAAACAUUGUUUGCACAAUUCCUCUAUCAACGAGCAGAGAAAAAUAAUGAUAUGUAUUUCCUUGAUCAAGGCAGUCGACCGACAUAUAAGCAAACAAAAGAUCCAAAUGGCGCAUAUCAUAAAAUGCAUCAAAAAUUCUCGAAACUUCAUGGUGGUGAAAGAGAUAUUAAGUCGCAUGAAAUCCUUGUGUUACUAUUGCGUCUUAGACAGAUAUGCUGUCAUCCUGGUUUAAUAGAUGCAAUGUUGGAAGACGAAGAUGAAACUGUGCCAACAGAUUCAUGCUGUAGUGAACCAGAUAUUGAUUUGUUGGACCAACUCAAUAAACUAGCAAUCACGGAUGAUCCAGUUUCGAAUGAAACCGAUAAUGUGGAUUUGGAAAACAAAGGAAUAUCGAGAGCAUCAGCUAGAGUAUUGCAAAGAUCAAAUCCAGUAUUUAAUUUAGCAAGACCGAGUUCUAAAAUGAAAAAAGUCCUCCAAAUAGUAGAUGAUGAAAUUUUAAAAUCAUCAGAUAAAGCGAUAAUAGUUUCUCAAUGGACCAGUACAUUAAACAUACUUCAAAGUCAUUUGGAAGCCAAGAAUGUAGCUACACUAUCUCUAAACGGAAGCAUUCUCGUAAAAAAUAGACAAGCUAUUGUUGACGAUUUUAAUAAUCCGAGAUCUUCAGCAAGAAUACUUCUUCUUUCAUUGACCGCUGGCGGAGUUGGUCUUAAUCUGGUUGGUGCUAACCAUUUGCUAUUGAUCGACAUUCAUUGGAAUCCUCAGCUUGAAUCUCAAGCGCAGGAUCGUAUUUAUCGGGUUGGUCAAAAGAAAACCGUCCAUAUUUAUAAGUUUAUAUGCAAGGAUACGGUUGAAGAACGAAUAAAAGCCUUGCAAGAUCAUAAACUGGAAAUUGCAAAUGGUGUUCUAACAGGUUCCAAAGCUUCAGGCGGAAGCAAAUUAACUAUUGAUGAUCUGAAAGGCCUGUUUGGAUUGUAGAAUUUGCAUUUUUGUUUGUAAUGUUUCGUUUUAACUUUUUUUCGUUAUUUAUCAACUAAUAUUGUGUUAACUUCCGAUACAUAUAAAUAUUUUAAUAAAUAUUAUUUUUAUAAUUUUUAUAAACUAAA